ACAGGAUGCAAAUGACUGAGUUAAAGCUGCUUUUUCCAUAGCUCUGAGGGACGGGCUCACGGAUGGCAGAGGAUGUCACCUAUGCGGCCGUGGCAAUGCUGCCGAGGGAAAGGCCACACGCUCCUUCAGGGACAUCAAACCCAGGAAACACGAUCACAUAUGCUGAGCUGCAUGUGAAGCCCCAACCCCAAGAGAACAGCAGAGCAGAGACUUCCGCUCCUGGGUGCCGGCACAGGUUCUCAGCCUGGUUUUAUGUGGCGCUGGUCCUGGCAGUCCUCGUGCUCAUCCUGCUGGGAGUUGUGGCCAUACAAGCCAAGCUGUUUUUGAAGGGCAGAGCAGGAAAAUCAAAAAGUUUGCCUCACUAUGGUCUGAACAGCACCAGCAAUGACAUUUCUUCAGAGAGGACUGUCUCAGCAGCGCUCCUGAAACAGCUCAUGGAGGAGCUGUGUGAAGAUGGACAGGGGACAUGCGAGCUGUGUCCCCCCGGCUGGCAGCUGCACAGGGGCAGAUGUUACUUCUUCUCUGAGGAGGCCAGGAGCUGGGAGGACAGCCAGAAAAACUGCCUGGCCAGGAAGUCCCAGCUGCUGGUCAUUGAGGAUGAUGUUGAGAUGGAAUUUAUAGACAACAAAGACAAAGAUACCAAGUAUAUCUGGAUUGGCUUGGACACCAAAGACAUGGAGAAAGCAUGGAGUUCAGUGGAAGAUCACAGAGUAAAAGAAAAGAGCAGGACAGCUUUAAAAAGCAUUGAGGCUGACAAGAACUGUGCUGUUUACAGAAGGAAAAACGUGAUCCAGGCAGAUAACUGCCAGACCUUAAAGGAGUGGAUCUGUAAGAAGAACGCAACUUUGCUGUUGCUCUGAGCCAAAUUUCCAGACAGCAGGCAGAGCUUCUUGUCAGAAGACCCAUUUUACAGACAAACCAACUUGUGAUGUAAAUAAUUUUCAUAACACUUUCAGGGAAACUUGAACUUUGCUGCGCUGUUCUCCCUAAGAAGUCAGAAGACGGGUCCUGCAACAGGCCUGCAAACUGACACACAAGGAUUUUGGGGUGCUGAGCCUUCACACAGACAGAUUUUGGCAGCAGCUACCUCAGGAAGGGUCAGAGGAGAAGGGAUACUUGUGAGGAGGAGCACUGUGUAUACAAACAGUGUGAAUGUACAGGAAUUAAGGCCCCUGUGGGGGAUGAAGGGUGUGCUGGGCCCUCUACUGUCACCCCUGCCUGCAGGCAGCUGCUGAGCUGAGGACUUCUUAUUUGGGUUUCAGGAUUUUAGUGUUUGCUGAAGUUUGUGGGCUUGGGGUUUUGUGGUAUUUUUUCCUUGGGGUCUAAUUGUGACUCACAGAAGUCACCUGAGAGCUGGAAAAAAAUGCAUUUGUUGAACUUAGUCAAAGCUGCUGCACAGCUACUGGGUGUAGACAGCAGAGCAGACACGGAGUGACUUGUAACACUUGUGGUUAAUGUGCUGAUUGCUCCCAUCCUCUUUGGUGUUGACCCUUGGAAUCUGAAGGAAUUAACUAGGGAAGGGGCUUGGGCUGUAAAACAACAUUGCAGUGCAAGAAAAAGUUGAUAACCUUCCUCUCCACCUAUAUUUUGUCCCUUUACAUUGUAAAGUUCAACCACAGUUAUGGUAUGAUGAUGUACCAAAGCCAAAGACUGGUGAAAUUAAUGCCUGGGAGUGCACUCAGUAAAUGCAUUACUUAGGCACUGAAGUGUCAUAAAUAAAUGCUGUUUCUGGGUCUAGAACACAAAAAUGCUAAGAGCAGUCUGACCUAGUGCCUUUACUAGAUUCACAUGUUUGACAAAAAUGAAGAAAUGUCAUGAACUGAAGGUGCUACUCUAACAAAAAUGGCACUGACUGGAAUUUAAGUCCAUACAGCAAUGAGAAAAAGAAACAAGUCAAACAUGGCUUUUGAGAUGGUAAGCCUUUACCUCAUCUUUGCUGUGAUGCACACAAAGGCAGCUGAAGUUUCUCAGAGAUGUUUUUUCAUAUCUGUGCAUGCCUGGGGAUGGUUAUUGUCCAGCACUUUAGGGCUGCAGAUUAAAAAGUAAACUGUACCCUCAGGGACUUCCCUUCAAACAACAACAAAAAAAAUCCCAGCACAGAUUUACCACGCAGAAUGCAGCAUCAGCAGCUCAAGACCCAUGAGAAACUGCUAUUAUGUAAGAGGAAAUUACAAAAAUCCCCCAAACUCAGCACAGCACGUGGGGGGAAGAAGAUUGGUUUGCUCAUUCUAGACAGCGAAGCAAAGAAAAGGAAAGAGUCUGAAAUGAGUAAGAUAAUCAUCUAUAGCUAUACAAUACAUGCUUUAGAGAGAGAGAAUUUCUGACUGCUGAGAAAUUUUCACUUCAGGGUACUUGCAGCACACCCUUCUCCAUGCAGUGGAGUUGACAACUGCUGGUUUUCUGGCAAUUUUUUUUGAUUCAUGCUGAAUUUAACAAGAAAACCAAACUCCUGCAUGCUGGCUUCUCUCAAAUUAGUUGUGGUGUUUAGGUUUUCACAAUAUUCAUGAAACAUUUACUAUUUGGGCCUUCUUGCUACUAUUCAUGUAACGAAACAAGUCUUUCCAGGGCCUUACUGAAGUUCUUACCUACAAUUUAUGCAGUCGCUUAUUUAACAGAAAAAAAGAAAAAGAAAUUACCACUGAAGUAGUUCAUCAAACUCCGCUCUGAGUAAAGCAAGUUGGCAAAGUUUGCAUCUUCACUCUUCUUUUCUUAACAUCACCAAAGAAGUUCAUAGCAUCCCUGAGGAGUCAGAAGAGCUUUCACUUUUUAACCUUUUUGUUAAAAGUCUGACUCAUUAUGAUGUGUUAAAAAGGGGAAAGCAUUAUUUUUUUGAUCAAAUAUCUGGUUUCAU